CGACAGACGGAUGUGCCGAUCAAGGGCAGUCGUGGCGGUCACGGUCGAGUUUGUGUUCCGCAGGGAUUGAUUUCAGAUUCUCUGGGAAAGAAUGUUGACUCUCACAUGACCCAGUCCGGAGAGAGAGAGAGUGUGUCGUAUCCAGUAGCCUCCUGCCACACGGCCCUCCGUCCACACACCACGGGGUGUAAUGUGACACCUGCCCGGUAACACACCUGUCGGACAGGUUCCAGGUGACCCACGGCACGUCCGUACGUUAACCUGGGUGGAACAUGCCCCGGCUGGCUGCCUCUAUAUUGUUUGCACUGGUUGUUCUGGUCGGCUACCUUUACGUCAGUGAGAAGAACCCCGGCGUGUCACAGGGCGGGAGGAUUAUGUCCGCCAUCAUGCGAGCCAUGGAGGGGGACGACUGGGAAAUGGAGGACCUCCUCCCAAAGGAAACUGUCAGACAAGCUCACGAGGGGGGAGGGGAGGGUGACACCGAUAGCUACCACUCGUCAGAUGAUGACGAAGACGUUUUACUCAGACCGUCUCAGAAGAAACCGUCGCUGUGGCAGAAGUACCGUCGCGUCUUGAACCGAGCGUCCCUGUGUUUGUGCGCGGUGGUGUUAGCCUGUGUGACGCUCGGGUCGGUAGCCGUGAUCUACUCCUACAGGAGCCAGCCCAGACCCGAGCUGGAGUGGUGGCAGAAGGCGGUGAUUUACCAGAUCUAUCCCAGGUCAUUCCAGGACAGCAACGGCGACGGGAUCGGUGAUCUCAGGGGUAUCGAGAGGCGGUUAGACUACCUGGAGUACCUGGGAGUGGGGGCCAUCUGGCUAAGUCCCAUCUUCAAGUCUCCCAUGAAGGACUUCGGCUAUGACGUGUCCGAUUUUACAGACAUCGACCCCAUCUUCGGGACUAUGGCGGACUUCGACAGUUUAUUAAAAGCUCUACAUGACAGAGACAUGAAGCUGAUUCUGGACUUCGUGCCGAACCACACGAGUGACCAGCACCACUGGUUCGCCUGGAGCUCGGGGAGCCGGGACGAAUCGAACCCGUACAGGGAUUACUACAUCUGGUCAGACGGCAGGGACGGAGGGCCGCCAAAUAACUGGGUGAGCGUGUUCGGGGGCCCAGCGUGGACUUACGUCGCGUCACGUGACCAAUGGUACCUUCACCAGUUCUUACCGGAACAACCUGACUUGAACUUCCGGUCACCAGACGUCAGGAGACAUAUUGAGAACGUGCUCCGUUUCUGGCUGGAGAAGGGAGUGGACGGGUUCCGGCUGGACGCCGUGAAGCACCUGGUGGAGACGGAGGACCUGUCUCAGGACGAGCCGCCCAACACUGGGUACGCCGGGGAGCCUGGGGAAACACUGGAGCAGUACGGCAGCCUGCUUCAUCCGUGGACCACAAACCAGGAGGAAACUCACGCCGUCAUACGGGAGUGGAAGUCACUCAUGGAGGAGUACAGCAAGAAAGGAUCGUGCAGGUUCAUGGUGACGGAAGUGUACGAUGACGACAUGAAGGUGCUGAUGACGUACAACAGAGAAGCCGACAUGACCUUCAACUUUAACCUGCUGGGCCUGGGGUCCGGUGGGCAUGCGCCGGGCAACCACACGCGCGGAUUGGUGGAGAGCUGGAUGUCCAACAUGACUGACGGGCAGUGGCCAAACUGGGUGAUUGGUAACCAUGACAACCACCGGGUGGCGAGCAGGAUCGGGCCGCAGUACGCACGCGCGGCCAACAUGCUCCUGCUGCUGCUUCCGGGAACGCCCUUCUGUUACUAUGGCGACGAGAUCGGGAUGGAGGACGCCAGGGUGUCGUACAACGACACGAAGGACACAUUUGCACUGAACAAUCCGGACACGUACGAGACGAAGAGUCGCGACCCUGAGCGCACGCCCAUGCAGUGGAACGGCACGGAAAACGCGGGGUUUACAGACCCGGAGGUCCGGCCGUGGCUACCCCUGCACGACAACUACCACAGAGUCAACGUUCAGGUCCAAAGCGCACACCCAAAAUCCAUCCUACACUUGUUCCGUGCUUUGGUGGAGCUCAGAAAAGAGCCGACUUUCCUGUACGGCGAGAUUCGCUACUUCCUCUCCACGCCGAACAUCUUCGCGUUUUCGCGGGUUCUCCGCGGGCGACCGACGUACCUGGUGGCGAUGAACCUGGGCGGGAAGUCGGAGACACACAGCUAUUACUCCUGGUGGGACGGCUGGCCCAGGGAGGCCGCGGUCGUCCUGACCAGUGACCUGGACAGGGAGGGGGACAUGUUGGACCUGAAGGCGCUGACGUUACGGCCAGGAGAGUGCGUGGUUGUGAAGUGGGGAAGGGCCUGGAAUUGAGUUUGGAAACUACAGGUGAAAAAAAACCCUCCAUUUUGACUCAUGGAGUCAUGACAUGGUAUUCGAGAGAAUGCGUAGUUUUGAAGUGAACAACGCGUGGAACUGAGAUGGUUGUUAAAGUUUGUUUCGUGCUGACGAGCAGUCGGAAUGUUACCAUUUACAGUGGAAAAAUGCAGCAAUCAGCCAGUCUGGCAUGCGAUGCAGAGAAACUGUGAAACUCUUGCCAGUACUGUCCCGAUGCCAACGAUGCCAACGUAACACGAUAAGUGAAUGUUGGAGUCAACGAUUUAAUAAGUCAAGAGAGUGGAAAAUUUAAGUUCUAAACCAAAGGCAUGAGGCUUAAGUGUAGCGGCCUGAAACGUCGGCUUUCCGGGCCGGCAAAACUAUCAUCAGGAUCGGGUGGCUGCAGUG